GCGCUCUCUCCCGUCCGGCCGCUGUGUUUACAUGUGAGCAGAGUUACAUCAGCAACAAUGGGCGAUAAACUGAACGACCUCGCUGGACGCUUCGGCAAAGGACCCCGCGGUUUGGGUCUGGGUCUCAAGCUCUUGGCAACGGCAGGAGCGGCGGCGUAUGGCAUCUCUCAGUCCAUGUACACGGUUGAGGGUGGUCACAGAGCCAUCAUCUUCAGCCGUAUUGGAGGAGUGCAGCCAGAUAUUUACACUGAAGGGUUGCACUUCAGGGUUCCAUGGUUCCAGUACCCUGUAAUCUAUGACAUCAGGGCUCGACCUAGAAAGAUUAGCUCACCCACAGGUAGCAAAGACUUGCAGAUGGUGAACAUUUCCCUUAGGGUCUUGUCACGCCCUGUAGGGUCUGCCAUCCCAAAUAUCCACCAGUCCUUAGGGCCAGACUUCGAUGAGAAGGUGCUUCCAUCUAUUUGCAAUGAAGUCCUCAAAUCAGUUGUAGCAAAAUUUAAUGCUGCCCAAUUAAUCACAAUGAGACAGCAAGUCUCUUUGAUGAUCCGACGUGAUUUGACUCAGAGAGCAGAAGACUUCAACAUAAUCCUCGAUGACGUUUCCAUUACUGAGCUCAGCUUUGGCAGAGAAUACACCAGUGCUGUUGAAGCCAAACAGGUGGCCCAGCAAGAGGCCCAGCGAGCCUCUUUCAUUGUCGAGAGAGCGAGACAGGAGAGGCAGCAGAAGAUUGUGCAAGCUGAGGGUGAAGCUGAAGCUGCCAAAUUGAUUGGUAAUGCCAUUGGGUUGAAUCCAGGUUACCUGAAGCUUCGAAAGAUCAAGGCUGCUGCUAGCAUCGGCAAGACAAUUUCUCAGGCACAAAACAGAGUGUAUCUUGGUGCUGACACACUGAUGCUCAACCUGAAUGACAAGGAGUUUGAUGCCAGCGCACACCGUGUGACCAAUAAGUAAAACAGAUGUUUAGCCAAGAAAUAUGAAAGUUAAUGGGCAGUAGAGCAACUACAGUGUAUUGAAGACUUUUUGUCAGCCAUGCUAUAAUUUGAAUUAAUUUCUCCUUUUAUGAUUUUUUUUUAUAGAAAAGCUCAUCAGUAUGUACCCCAGUGCUUUGAUUUGCAGAUACAUGUUUUUCCUCUUCUCUCACCUAGGUGUUAGAAGGUUAGACAACCAUACUGGUUUACUUGCCUUCAGUGGAUAUGUAUGGAAGGAUUUAAGUUUUGUUAGUUUAUAGUAAUAAACCUUGUUUUGUACAUGAAAAGUUGAGAGAUUCGUGGAUAUUUUCAGACAAAUGUACAUAUGUUAUGAAUUCAUUUGUCAAAGAUGUAUAUAGAUAGAAACAAAUAUGGGCAUCCACUUUUUUGCAAAUAAAUGUAUAGGGAAAGUU